AAUCUGUUAAACUAUGUAAAAAAAAAAAAAAAAAAACCCUUAACAUUUCAACUUAGGCAUAUAGAUCAAUGGUUCCAAACCCAGCUGAAAAAAAACAAACAAACAAUAGAAGCCAUCAUAUAAUUUGUAAUGGGUUUAAUGUUAUAAUGGGAAUUGUAUAGGUUUUAAUGGAAUGUGUAAUGGUCCCUGUGGAUCUCUACUGGUAAUUUGUUGCCUUCUAUUUGUGGCAUGUUAUGUCUAAUGGAUACCUUUAAGGAGCUACGUCCUUAAAGGGAUAGUUCACCCAAAAAUGAAAAUUCUGUCAUCAAUUAUUCAGCCUAAUGUCGUUCCAAACCAUUAAGACUUUUGUUCAUCUUCAGACUACAAAUGAAGACGUUUUUAAUGAAACUUGGGAGAUUUCUGUCCCUCUGUUUACAGUCCAGUAACUAAAACUUUCAAGCUCCAAAAAGUUCAUAAAGUCAUUGUAAAAGUAAUCCAUGUGACUCCAGUGGUUUAAUCCCAAGUUUCUGAAGCCAUACGAAUACUGUACCUGCUGCACUAAAUAAAAUGAAUAGUAGAAUAUAAUAGUGAAUCAGCCCCCCUGUUAGAGGUGGUAGUAUAGCUGUUCUGACAGGCUGGUUAGUGCAAGAGUUUGCGAUUUAGGACUUGGCCUUUAUCAUGAUUCAUGGAAAGAACUGACGCGGUGGGUUUUCGUCACUAUGGAAACCGCGAUGCACAGACCGCGAGCACAACUGCUGCCCUUGCUCAAUUGUAGCGGCUGAUCGCCGUCACUGACAGUAAACUGUAAUAAGUAAUAAAACGAGACAAAAUGCCAUGGGAUACUUAUAGUUUCUUUAAGUUGUGUGUUCCUUUUUUUGUAGACAAAUAGAUUUUUUUUUUUGUAGUAUUUAUUUUUUUAUAUUCACUUUAAAUUGUAAUAGGAUAAGUUUUACCUUGUGUUAAGGCAGAAUUAAACCUUUCCAUUUCAGUACUCUGAGGUGACAGAGCUGUAGGCUAUUGAAGUACAUUUCCUAGUUUCUGUUAUAUAAUUAGAUCUGAUAUUAAAAAAAAAAAACUGUGUAAGAAAUACAAAAUGUACAAAAUGUUAUAUUUCACUUAACUUUCAAAACCUGCCUUAGUGAGAUGUCUUUUUUUUUUUAAUGUGCCAUUCAGCUAAAGCAUCUAUUAACUCUUUCAGCUGUUAGCCUUCCCUUUAAAUGAGUCCACCCACUGUUUUUUUUUUUUGGUCUUUCAUAGUCUCUCAGCUUUCGUCAGAUAUAACAGGAAAUUUAGCAGCUUCAGACCACACAAGCCUCUUCCUGUUGCCCCCCUCUAUGAUGAGGUAGGACGUUCACGAAAAAAGUACGAAAGAGAAGUGGAGCAAAUUGAGAAACCGGAUUCCUUUGCUGUGGAUUAUAUCAACUUUCUAUUAUGACAUCUCACAUUAACAGACGUGGAUUAGGGAGUGGGAAGUAUGUCUGAAUUCCUACAUCACCAAAACAUGAAAGUCGUCUACAAAAGUUCAGAUAAUGAAGAUAGACAGCCAGAGCCUGAGAUGAUGGAGGGUGUGGAGAGAAGGGGAUCAGGCCUGGUACCUGCUUCACUGCUGGAGAAGAUCGAUGAAUUCUUCCAGAUCUGUGACAGUGAGGACAAGGGUUACAUCACGCCCACUGAUAUGAGGAGGUUGAACAAAGAACUACCACUCAGUGCAGACGAACUGGAGAAUGUCUUUGACUCAUUAGACUUGGACAGAAACGGCCGCCUUACUCUAGAAGAGUUCUCCUCUGGAUUCAGUAAAUUUCUGCAGGGACGUAGAAUGAGUCAGGUGGAGGAUCAGCUCUCAGGUCUCUCACAGGACUUUCCGGAAGCUCUAUAUCAGAAUGAGCCACAGGAUUAUGAGGAAGAAGGACACUUCAGCACGCUGAUGGAAAGCUUAGGCGCCAGCAAUAUCUUUGAAGAUCCCAGUGAAGUGCACACUCUGUGGACUCAGCUAAGGAAAGACGAGCCUCAUCUCCUGUACAACUUUGAAGAUUUCCUGGCUCGAGUCACAUCCCAGAUCAGAGUGGCCCAACAAGAGAAGAGGGAGAUGGAAAGUGCCUUGAGAAAGAAAGCUGCAACACACAAUGGUGAAAUCCAGCAGUUGUACGAGGAAAUGGAGCAACAGAUAAAAAAUGAGAAAGAUCGGCUGAGUCACAAGGACUUCAGAAGUCAGGAUCUGCAACAGCAGUUGAGCAGCAAAGAGCAAGAACUUGAGUGGCUCUUCCUCAAACAGAGAAGGUUGGAGCAACAGUGUCAAGAGCUGCACAGUGAACACCAGGAGAGUCAGGUGGAGAACAUAAAACUGAAAAUGACCAAUCAGGAACUCUCACGUGAGCUGGAACACACCUGCCAUGAGCUGUCAUUGGCUCAAAAGCAACUGGCCAAACUGCAGGAGCAAGGCUUGAGACUGCAGCAAGAAAAAAACAUGGAGGUGUACAGAAUCACAGAGAGACUGCAGAAAGAGAAACAAAACCUAGUUAAUCAGUUAGACCUGCUCAGAGAAAUGAAUAAACAUCUAAGAGAUGAAAAAGACUCUUUGAAAUGCAGCAGCUUGUUAAAGAAAGCCAUUCUUGAACAGGAUCCAGCCUCAACCUUAACUGUUCAUUCUGACAGAAAGCAGGCUACAGAAAGCGAGAUUGGUACAGAAGUGACUCAGCACCCUAACAGGAAGACCUCAUCUUGUAGCUCUAGCCCACACUCUGCCUCCAGAGAUGAUGGGAUGAUGAGAGCGGCCAAGCAUACUGCGAGUGCAGGUAGGGACUCAGUGAGUGAGAACCCAGACCCCAAUGUAGUGGAUCCUCCACCAUUCCACAGGGUUAUCUCCAUCGAGGAGGACCACCUCCCACACCUGCUAGAAGGAGAACCCUAUCCUGUCUUCCACCAGAUGAAUGAGGAAGAAGGGGCUCUGAUUGAUCUGCAGAUGAGCCCCAUGUAUUUCUCAAGCAUGUCUGCAAACAUGGCCUUUGUGACCAGGGGACAGCCGGUGGGCAAGGAGACUUUGCAGAAGGGUCCAGUGGAGAGUUCUAUUACCACCCCACAGCGCCUCUAUAAAGUAAUUCUUGUGGGCAACUCAAAUGUGGGUAAAACUGCUUUACUGCACCGUUUCUGUGAUGGUCAUUUCCACACAGACACUACAGCUACUGUGGGCAUUGACUUCAGUGUUCGGACUCUGAAUCUGGGGGACAGUCAUGUAGCUCUGCAGUUGUGGGACACUGCAGGACAAGAGAGAUUUCGCAGCAUCACCAAGCAGUUUUUCCGCAAGGCUGAUGGUGUGGUGGUGACCUAUGACAUCACUCUGUGUGACAGCUUUAAGUCUGUGCGCUCCUGGCUGGUGAGCAUACAGGAAACAGUCGGGGGCCCAGUUCCCAUCAUGCUUCUGGGCAACAAAUCAGACAGGGAGAGUAUGAGACAGGUGGCGACUGGGGAAGGGGAAAGGCUUGCUAAGGAAGCAGGUUUGUUGUUCUACGAGUGCAGUGCAUAUACAGGCUCCAAUGUGCUAGAGGCCAUGGUACACCUAGCCAGAGUGCUAAAGGAGCAGGAGGACAGAGUUUGGGAGCGCACAGUACAGCUGGUGGAUCCGCCAGUGAAGAAGAAAACCUGCUGCAUGUGACCACACACAUACACAUACACACACACACACACACACACACACACACUCAUACAUGGAGAGAGGUAUAUUAAAUGCAUAGCAUAUGAGAAUGAGUGUUGGAGGUGAACAGCUAAGCUGUAAUUAGGAAACGUUAUCUGAAACGACUCCGUCUCUUCUGCUCUGCACUUUCAUUAUGUUGUUGUUGCUGGUUUUAAUCUUUCUUUCUUUAUUUAUUUAUCUUUAUUUCUUGCUUUAUAAAGCACUUUCAACACAACUCAUGGUUGAUUCAAAGUGCUGUAGAAUACAAUUUAAAUCUAAGAAAAUAGAAAAACAAUACAAAGGAAAACAAAACAACAGACUGACCAAAUAUAAUUAAAUUAAUAAACUGACAGAAAUGUUAUUCACUCAGGUCUAUGGACUCAUGUGACAGUAAACGGUAGAAUAAUCUAGUGAGAUGUAUACAGUUGAUUCUGCAUUCUGUACUGCAGGUUCUACACCUACCCUCAUUACAAGCAUGAAUGCCAUGUAUCAGCCUUGGUUAAUAAGCAUAAAAAAGCAUGAGUAGGCAUGAAAGUAACAGACUAACACUCCUACUAAGAUUCUCUGUCUAUUUUUGGAAGUAAAAUAUUUGAGGUGUAAAUUCUUAACUAUGUACUAAAUUAUUAGUUAUGUACAUAUAUAUUUUAAUAUAUUUUAUAUACAAUUUGUUAUACACUAUGUAUAGAAU